AUGGACUAUCUUAGUCAGGAAAUUCUGCAAAUAAUCAUCACGCAUCUCCUCGUAGUACCUCCUAUCAAACAUCCCACAGCAUGGGAGCCCCAACCAGUUCCAAAGGUGGCCCAAUACGCGACGAUCUCGCGCAAUUGGCAAUACGCCGUGGAACGUUUCACAAUGGCAGACAUCAAGAAAUAUAGUUCCGAUCUGGACAUGCUCCGGCAUGUAUUCUCCACUCCGCGACGAAGAAAAUUGUUGCGAAAGCUGGAGUAUGAAAUCGAUCUGCCAACCUACAGCAAGAACCGCAUAUUGUGUCUUGAAAGAAGGAGGGAGAGUAAAGCCAAUGAUGAAGCCUUCAAUCGGGGUGUCAUAGACUUAUUUGACGAGAUGUCCUCUUGGGAGACACAGGGCAUGGAUUUGACACUUACUGCAUCGUCGCCUAUGGAUCGUCAUCGGCGAUCUUCUGAGCUUGGUUGUGGGUUGUCAGAUAAGCGAUGGAGCUUUGAAGAUAACUAUCUUACGUUGGACAAUGAGGUGUCUCUGCCUCAGUUAACGUUUGUUGGAGGGUUGACCAUUGCCAAUGCACGACGCUCGCUGCAUCCUUCGGCUAUUGGGAAGAUUAUCUCGUCACUACCUAGUCUGGAACGGUUGACUAUGGAGUUAAAUGCACCCAAAGCUAAGCGUGUAGAAAUGCAAAAUGAGCAUAGAAUAUCCCUUGCAAAUGCAUUGGAAUCACCGUCACUGAGUAACUUGCGAACACUGAAUAUCUACAUCGAGCAAGACAUUCCAUACAACCACAAUUUCAAGAACCAACCUACCGACCCUCAAUAUCCAGACGGAGAUGUUUUGAACAUCGCCAUUCGCAAACUGGCUGAAAACACCCAUUUAAGAACCCUAAAUCUCACAGGGUGGUGGCUAGUCUCGCCAGCGCUAUUCGACACAGACAAAACAUUCCCAUAUCUCCAGAAAGUGCAGAUUCAAGGAGCGCUUAUCACCUACGACGGCAGAUGGUAUUACAGUGGCAAUCCUACCAAUGUCGAAGCGAGUUAUGACCCCAUUCGGUAUGGUGCCGACGAUGAAGAUUCUUCUGACUCGGACUCCAACUCUUCCUUCAAUUCCGAGUUCCAAGACUCCCUGCCUGAACACAGAGAGGCUCUUCUGAAUGGUGAAAGGCCCUACCAUAUGUGGAGGACACAGCCCGAUUUGCAGAUGUUCGAUCCUCUCAUGAAGGUGAUGGCUACUGCGAUACUCAGGAUGCCUCGAUUACGAACUUUCUCCUUCUCCAUCGGGUGGAGUUAUAUGGAUGAGAAUGCUAUCUUAUUUGAGUACUUGAAGCCUGGAGAGAAACCCGAGUCUUUUGAGUAUCGACCACACGAAUUAGAUAUGACUCGGUGCUACGUAACCCCCAUGCCCGAAGUAAGGUGGGAGGUUCCCGGUGAUGUUGCGACUCUGUGGAAGGAAGCUGUGGGGGAUAAAGGUGUCGUUGCUGUUGAACCUUACUAG